CGGCAAAACGCAAAGAGAAAGAAAAGGGGGGAAAAAAGAAGCGGCACUCGGCUUUGCCAGCGCUCGUAUGCGCUCGUCCAACAUUGAUUCGACUCUCCCUGCCCCCCCCCCCCCCCUGUGUGUGUAUGUGAGUCUUGCACCAGGCCCAGGGAUCAGAACAGACACCACUUCCAAUGACUUCUUGCCAAGGAUUUUUCCCAAGGUUUUUUUUUUUUUUUUUUUUUUGGGAGGGGGGGAGCACCACGGAUUGUUGAAUUUUUAAGUGCAUCAUCUCUGCCUUUUUUUUUUUUAAUCCCCACGGUGCAUUACUGUUAAUAAUUUUUUUUUUUCUAUUUUGCUGGACACUUUUUUUUCAUUCUGCGCUUUUUGCCGAAUGACCUCCUGGCCAAGUUCCUCUUCCAGUGAAACUUUUUUCCUCUCCUUGAUUUUGUUUUUUCUUAAAAAAAAAAAAAUCCAAGCCGCUUCUUUGAGUGAGCAGUUUAUUCUGCUCAUUAUUUUUGACAUUCCCUUUUUUUUUUUUUUUUUUUUUUUCUCUUGCCGUUAAUUGUCCACUCUUUGCCAAAGCAGCACUUGCUUUACAUUGGGGAGACCGCAGGAGGGAAAAUUUUUUUUUUUUCCCUCCACUUUUAACGCCGUGCCAAAUUUACGAUGCGAGUGCAAAAUGGAUGAAUUUCAUCCCUUCAUCGAGGCCCUCCUCCCCCACGUGCGCGCCUUCUCCUACACCUGGUUCAACCUGCAGGCCCGCAAGCGCAAGUACUUCAAGAAGCACGAGAAGAGGAUGACCAAGGACGAGGAGCGCGCGGUGAAGGACGAGCUGCUGGGAGAGAAGCCCGAGAUCAAGCAGAAGUGGGCCUCGCGCCUGCUGGCCAAACUCCGCAAGGACAUCCGGCCCGAGUUCCGCGAGGACUUUGUGCUCACCAUCACCGGGAAGAAGGCGCCGUGCUGCGUGCUGUCCAAUCCCGACCAGAAAGGAAAGAUCCGCCGCAUCGACUGCCUGCGCCAGGCCGACAAGGUGUGGCGCCUGGACCUGGUCAUGGUGAUCCUGUUCAAGGGCAGCCCGCUGGAGAGCACCGACGGCGAGCGGCUGGUCAAGUCGCCCCAGUGCUCCAACCACGGCUUGUGCGUCCAGCCGCACCACAUCGGAGUGACCGUCAAAGAGCUGGACCUCUACCUGGCCUACUUUGUACACACGCCAGAACAAUCGGGGCAAUCGGACAACUCAAACCAGCAAGGAGAGACGGACGUCAAGCCCCCGCCAAAUGGCCACUUGAGUUUCCAGGACUGCUUUGUGACUUCAGGGGUGUGGAACGUAGCCGAGCUGGUCCGCGUGUCACAGACGCCCGUCGCCACGGCGACCGGCCCGAGCUUCUCUCUGGCCGACUUGGACAGUCCCGGAUACUACAACAUCAACCAGGUCACCCUGGGACGGCGCUCCAUCACCUCCACUCCGUCCACCAGGACCGAAAUGGAGCUUUACGCAAGUCUCCCACGGAGCUCCAACAAGCGCAAGUCCAUCGACGACAGUGAGAUGGAGAGCCCGGUGGACGACGUCUUCUACUCGGGACGUUCGCCGGCGGCCGGCAGCAGCUCGCAAUCCGGCGGUUGGCCCAACGACGUGGAUGCAGUGCAGCACCAUUUGGCCAGUGUGCAGGAGAGGAAGAUUAAGCAUGAGAGCGAUGGAGUGCAGUUUCCUUACCAUGGACUGUCAUCGCCUGGUUCUCUUAAGAAGCCGGGGAAAUUCGAUUUCAGCGCCCUGUCCUCCCAGACGAGGUCCCCCCGCAUGGCGUUCACCCACCACCCACUGCCAAUGCUGGCGGGAGUGAGACCAGGGAGCCCCCGCGCGUCCGCCUCGGCCCUGCACUUCCCGUCUCCCUCCAUCAUCCAGCAGUCGAGCCCCUACUUCACCCACCCGACCAUCCGCUAUCACCACCACCCCGGACAGGAUCCCUUGAAGGAGUUUGUGCAGUUUGUCUGCGCCGACGGCCCGGGGCAGGCCGGCGGACAGCCAAACGGGAGCGGCCAGAGCAAAAUGCCAGGCUCCUUCUUGCUGCCUCCACCUCCCCCAGUGGCCCGCCCAGUGCCCCUCCCUAUGCCCGACUCUAAACCCAACAGCACGCCCCCUGACGGCGGACUCUCAUCGCCCGCAUCUCCGUCAUACUCCGCGCCAGGCGCCGCAGCUCCCAACAGGUUUGUCGGCAUCGGAUCACGGGACAACAACUUUCUGAACAUCCCGCAGCAGACGCAGUCUUGGUUCCUCUGACAAGAUCUGUGUGAAAACCAGCAACUCCAAAUCUUUCUUUACAAUCGGAAACAGAUAAUCGUCCUCCAAUCAACACGGCGACCAGGCCACGACAUCGCAUCGCACUCACAAAGGCAAAAACCCGACGAAGCACCGCAGGAAAAUUGCGCAGCAUUUGGAGGAACUCUGGGCUCAUCGUAUUCAUUGGGGAGGAAGGAGCCGUAGGAGGCGACGACGCGGACGAGAGGACGGCGAUGGCGGCAAAGCGGCCAGCCCGCGAAAAGAAAGCCAAGCGGCCACGCGGGAGGAUGAAAAUGACGCCGAGUUCUUCGCAAGGACGCCGUGGCCUCAAAAGUAAAACCAACACCUCAACAAAAGCCGCCGUGAAUUGAAAAAAAAAACUGCAUUUCAUAGUCCACCCGAAAGCGGUCACGUCACGUUUGACCGCCGUGUCUCUCUCGGAAUGACUCUCGAAAUAGGAAAAAAAAAAACCGCCCCCUUCCACCCUCCUACUAACUAAAAAAAACGAUGCCAAAAUAAUAGCUUGAAGGCUUUGCACCUCCAGGCUGAAUCGAUUAACGCCAAUUCUAUCGAUGUGCACUACAAGGUCAACGCGACAGUCCGAUUCCGACUCUUCUUGUCGGAGAAACAAAACAAGGCACUAGAAAGCCGACACAUCGCUAACUCGUUUGUCCCGUCUGGACCCCCCCCCCCAAAAAAAAAUAUGGGUGUUUGUCUCCAUUUCAAAAGGCACGGCGUCCUCUUUCUCGGGAGUUGCGAUGCAUCGUUACAAAGCCAGUCCGGCGAACCGUCGCGAGCCAAUCGAUAAGCAGCUAUCGAUCGCCCGCCCUCCCUUUUUGGCCCUCUUGUCAAGCGGGCGAUUGCUUUCGGUAUCUCGUGCAUGUUCUUUUUCUUUGAAUUCCUUUUUGGGGAUUUGUACUAUUUUGUCAUUGUUUUUUGUAUUUGAAUGACAGCACCUUAUCAAGAAACGCCGUCGGACAUUUUAGCCAGGUGGUUCCAGCCGAGCCCACGGUCAGGAUUUGAAAACAAUACAAACCUUUCGGGGGGACUUUUGCUUUCUUCCCCAAGAGUUCUCGAAGAACCUUGAGCCCAUUCGUGUACUUUUAGGAGCAAAAAUGCCGACAAGCACCCGCGUAGCCGGAUCCGUUCCAUGGCGUGGUGAAGCGGCUCGGGAAUUGAACGAGAAUUGACGCCGGCUUUUGUCACCUUGACAAUUACCCGGGGGAGAGCUUGCGUUCCAGAUUCACAGAUUUUGUGGACCCCCUCCUUAUUGUUCUGGCGUCAAAAUGAGGACUCUUAAGGACCAUUGACAAAGCUUCUUUCGAUCGACCGGGAGAGACAUUUUGGAAGCAUUCAUCCACGAUGCUCAUCUCCCCAUUUCCAAAAUUAAGGGGUCAUCUUCAUUUUUAUUUUCCCCUUCGCAAUUCCAAUCUCAAAAUGUGUGAAAACGUAAACAUCCUUUUAUUAUUAUAAUUUUUUUUUUGUUCGCCCCCAAUUAAGGUGUACGAACCCUGCAAACGUUCAUGCCGGCAACCGCACCGUUUCCAACGGAGAAGGUUGUGACAAUCAAAAGAAAACAUAUCUGGAACUUGUUUGGUCGACAAAAGCGGUUUUACCCUUUUUGAGGACCACGUUAGGCCCCGCCCGGUGGCGGCGAUCCUCUCGAAUGGCGACGUGUCGGAGUAAGAGAAAUGGAAGAGAGAAGGGAAAGGUUGCUGAAACUGGGAAUGUUGCUCUUUUUCGCUCUCCCGAAAACGUUUACCUUGUUGUUUACACUCCCAGACGGGCCGCCGCUCCAAGAGCGGAGCGAACCACACUGCGGAGCAAAAAAAUGAAUAUGUGACAUAUCGUUCUGUUUUCAGUCGCAAUGUGCCCACUUUAUUUUUUUUUUCCUUCUUCUUCUUUUUUAAAGCUGAUUUUUUUUUUUUUUUUGCACAGGAUUAGUCUUUCGUUUAAGGAGGUGUGGGCGCCGCUAAUGUCAACCCCUGUAUAUUGUGAAUUGAUAAGCCCUUAUUGAUUAAACAAAAAAAAUGCACUAAUGCAAUCACACGCCAGCCAAACUUUUCUAUCGAUUAAAAAGCAGCGUUCACGUGCGUCUUAAAUGCUAACACACCCGCACGCGCGCGCGCUGCCCACGUCAACUCUAAAAGGGAAGUCUUAAAAUGUCGACAAUCUGAUGAGGCCUUGAUGAUUAGUCUCAGACGGCCGUCGGAAAAGUUCCAUUGAAAGCCCCCCCCAUCCCCCCCGACCUCACAAAAUAACUGGACUGCCCCGGCCACGUUCCUUCCUCACUGCGGAGUAACUCGAUAGUUGGCCAAGCAUCUCAUAGCGAGUGAGUUGUGACGACUUGACGGUGGCUUCUGUCAUUUCUUUUCUAAUCUAAAGGAAGUGCCUCUGUAUUCCCAUUAUGCAAUUUGUCAAAACAUGAAUUCAGGUUCUUUUUUUCAUAUAUAAGCUAUAGUGAAUGGUAGGAAAAAAUUAUGGCAGGAGAAAGGGAGAGAACAGUUCACUAGACAAUCGCAAGCAUCUUUAUAUAUAAUACACACACAUACACAUAUAUAUAUAUAUAUUUAUAGAUAACUACUUUUGUUUUGAUUUGCAAUAUAAGCUCAGUGGCAGUCUAGUUAUUUUUUGAAGCAUGGCAGUGGUAGGUUGCAUGUCGGCAACGGCUGAUCGGAGCGAAGUAGCAGCCUCUCGAUUGCACAAACCGGCAGGUUAGACAUUAUGAUAAUAAGAAAAAAUGAUCUUGAUGAAUUUAAAACAAAAAAAAAACUCUUUUGUGAGUUUUUUCAGCUUACAUUGAGUUGUUUUCGUUGUCGUUUUGAUGGGGAAGCAUUGUUGUUGAAACUCAAUGAUGCGCGUCGAUUGAGCCAUGUGCAAUGCCUUGGGAGAGGAUUUGUGUGUUUGUUUGCGAUUGUUUGAGGGUGUUGCGAGAGGGACAAAUCUCUCUUUUGUUUCUGUUUAUGGCUUAUUUGUGUUUCAAGUCCGUAUGCUCUGGGACUCUAAAUAUCAGAGCGGAGGAAAAAAAAAAAAUCCAACUCUUUGUAAGUAAGGGGGGAAUUGUUUUUAUAAUCUUCUUUUUGUGCUCAUUUUUUUUUUUUUUAAAGAAAAACUUCAUUUGUUUUGAACAUGCGGGAGGGCUGAAGGAACAUCUUUGCAACUCAGAAACUGGUGCUUUCUCACGUCGAGUGUUCUAGCCAUACCCAAAAGAAACUAGUGGAAAGGAUGAAUUGGAAUUCUCGGCACGCUUUGUUAUUUUUUUUUUUCGGUGUGGCCCGAAGAGACUUUUGUGCUUUCCGAUUGGCCUCCAUCAAUCAUACGACACGCAAAAUUUAAUCGUAAACGGUCAUUUUAGGAAACGUGUGUUACUUGUCUUUUUGUAUUUACAGGUGGGCAUUGUUAAGGGGGUGGGCGGGUGGGGGGGGGGGGUUGUUGGAACAAAAGGCAUUUUUCCCCUCAUGAACUUUUGGCGCCAUAUGGAUUGUAUCAUCUCAUCUCAAAUAUGGGACAAAGAGCAGCUCUUACCCAUUUAGGGGAUGAACAAAAAGACCAUGAAUGAUGAUUUUUUUUUGUCUGGCAAGAAUUUUGUUGGACUCUGUGUAAAAAAAAGAAAAAGAAAAAAUAAUGUCGGAAAAUUUGCAUUUGCUACGAGUGGUGCUGUCACCCAUUCAAGUGAACCCCGCCCCUUCUCGCCCGUCACCCACUUGUAAAUGAAUAUAAAUAUUUGUUUGGUGAAGUAGUGUCCUAGAGUCAGAGCAUCUUCAAGGUUGUCCCGAAAAAAAAGUGCCUUUUGUUCACAGAUCUCAUAUACUCCUAAAAUCCCGUCUCGAAAGGAAAAAAAAGACAACAACAAAAAAAAGUCCCCUCCUUCAUCUUUCUAUAUCCACUUGUUUCUCUUCUUCUCCUUUUUAAAGCAGUAUACAUUGUACUAAAGGCAAUUGGUGUGAUUUAGUUCCUGUUUUUAUUGUUGAAUAAUUAAAAAAAAGGCAGAAAAAUGCGGAAAAAAACUGACAAAAAAAAAAAAGCUUCUCUUUCCUCUGUAUCUUGUCUUCUGUCUAUCUUGGACACUGGAGUAGUCAGUAGCUGCCCCUCACUCAUCCUUUUUCCGUUUUUCACUUUUCUCUGAAUGUUGGCGUUUUUAAAAAAAAAAAAACCACCAGAUUUUAUUUUAUUUUAUUUUAUUUUUUUUUUUUUUUGUCUGAGCAGAAUGCAGUUAGCUCACAUGUUAUUCUUAUCUGUACGCUUCACAUUGUAUUACCAUACCCAUCUUCUUCGGCUUCUCCAUUCAACCGCUAAUGUAAGUGAACAAGUUACACCAGUGGGCUCUGGGCUGAGUUGAGGAUGGAGGUGGGCUGUCAUGGGUCGGAGUGGGGGGGGGGGGGGGGGGGUUAGAGAGGCAACAAGCAAUCAUAUUUGGGUUUAAAUGAGGGCGAUGUGCUGUAGAACUGCUUGUAAAGGCAGAUUAUUCCUUAUUUGUGUUUAUUGACAUCCCCCCCACCCUCCCCCCCCCCCCGCCCCAUUGCAGCUGCUUUUCCUUGCCAGCACUAAAACGCUGCACUCAAUUUUGCACCUUUCAAGUGGUUGAACGAAAACCACUUUAAAAUUUUAAAAUUAAAAGAUGAAAGGAAAAAAAAAAGCCCCCUUUUUUAAAUCGCACCUUAUAAGCAGACCGUUACCAUGGCAUUGAGGCUGAAAGGGUCAUUUUAAGCACAAUCGAAAGAGAGACAAAAAAAAAAAAUGUGUCAGACACACCGCCUUGCAAUAUGGAGUCUCGAAAUUAGCAGUGUGUUUGCAAACUGAUAGAGACCAAAGUGGUGUGUACAAGCGGAAGAAAAAGCACCUUUAAAACAUACCAGCGGCAGCAGUAUUAUCAAGCACCACGGUUGAGAAGCCAUAUUGGAGAGGCGCACAGGUUGUCCAGGUCAGCGGGGUUGAGGGAGGGGCCGCAUCCAGACACCCACCACCACCUCAGCCACUAGGCGUGCUUCUUCCCCUCCUCUACCCUUCAAAGCAGUAAUCCAUCCUCAGACACACUUCCAUGAGCCCCUGGUGAAAUGCAUGUGUUAAAGUUUCUUUUCCAUAAUAAUAAUGAGAAAAAAAACAGUUUGAAAAGAGCAACACUUGAUUAAAUAAAAGGAUGUUCUUAACUGUA